AUACUGACCGGUUUAAGGUACAACUGCCUACCACAAAUCCACAUACGAUAUAUAGCAAAUACAUGACGGUAGAUCUACUGCGCAAUUUACAUUCAGGCCGCUCCGAAGCUACCCAUGAAAAUAUUAGGGGUCCUACUAGUAGUAAGAUGCCGCCAGCCAAGACAGAAAAGCAAAAAGAGCGCAAGCUCUGACUACUUUGGAGUAAAUAGCUAGGUAGUCAACGGAGGUUCUUAUUCUUUCAGGUAAAGUGUUUUAGUAAGGAGUUACUUGAUCGGUUGUCUGAAUUUACGUGAAGCUGUGUUUCCAGUCGUGAUCAUUAUUUUAAGAGAAUGGCUCCAACUAUACAGACACAAGCCCAGCGAGACUCAGACGGUCACAGGAGUUCAUCACACAGAACUGUUCCAGAGAGGUCCGGCGUGGUCUGUCGGGUAAAGUACUGCAAUAGCCUGCCUGACAUCCCAUUUGAUCCCAAAUUCAUCACAUAUCCAUUUGACCAGCACAGGUUUGUGCAGUACAAGGCUACAUCGUUAGAGAAGCAACACAAACAUGAGCUGCUGACUGAGCCUGACCUUGGCGUCACCAUCGACCUCAUUAACCCAGACACCUACCGUGUCGACCCCAGCAUUCUUCUUGAUCCAGCUGAUGAGAAGUUAUUGGAGGAAGACAUCACAGCUCCAUCCAGCUCGAAAAGAUCUCAGCAGCAUGCCAAGGUGGUCCCGUGGAUGAGGAAAACUGAGUACAUCUCUACAGAGUUCAACAGAUAUGGUGUCUCCAAUGAGAAAGUGGAAGUCAAGAUCGGUGUGUCUGUCAAACAGCAGUUCACAGAGGAGGAGAUAUACAAGGAUAGGGACAGCCAGAUUGCUGCUAUUGAAAAGACCUUUGAGGAUGCACAGAAACCGAUUGCCCAGCACUACAGUAAACCCAGAGUCACUCCUGUGGAGGUGAUGCCUGUGUUCCCUGACUUCAAGAUGUGGAUCAACCCGUGUGCUCAGGUAAUCUUCGACUCUGAUCCUGCGCCUAAAGACAUGUCAGCACCCCAGGGUGUGGAGAUGAUGUCACAGGCCAUGAUUAGAGGUAUGAUGGAUGAGGAAGGAAACCAGUUUGUGGCCUACUUCCUGCCCAAUGAGGAAACGAUUCGCAAGCGCAAGAGAGACGUGGAUGAGGAGCUGGACUACAUGCCUGAUGAUCUGUAUGACUAUAAAAUAGCCAGGGAGUACAAUUGGAACGUGAAGAACAAAGCCAGCAAGGGCUAUGAGGAGAACUACUUCUUUAUCUUCAGAGACGGAGAUGGAGUCUACUACAAUGAGCUGGAGACCAGAGUGAGGCUGAGUAAGAGGAGAGCUAAGGCUGGAGCCCAGUCUACUACAAACGCUGUGCUGGUGUGUAAGCACAGAGACAUGAACGACAAGGAGCUGGAAGCACAGGAUGCGCGUAAGGCUCAGCUAGAGAACCAUGAACCAGAGGAUGAAGAAGAGGACAUGGACUUGGGUAAACUGCAGGACUCUGGUGAUGAGAAGGAGAAAGGCAGCGAGAGUGAGGUAGACAACUCUGACAGUGACUCUGACAGGGAGGAUGAGGAUGGAAAGCGGAGUGGAGCUGAGAAUGAUGACGAGGAGGGAGCGAAACGGAGGAGGAAGGCCAGUGGUAGCGGCAGUGAGAGUGGCGAGGAGGAGGUCAAGCUGGCGGAUGAGGUGGAGAUCUUCGGUAGCGAUGACGACAGUGAUAACGAUGAUAACGAGCCCAAGAAUGGAGCAGCCCAGAGCAGUGGGGAGGAGGGCAGUGGGAGCGAGGAGGAGAAGAGGAGCCAUAGGGAGAGGAGUAGGAGUGGCAGCGUGUCUCCGGCCCACAGUAGCGGUAGUGACCACUCAGAGGGUGGCCGUGCCCAGAGCGGGAGUGGCAGUGAGCAGGCCUCAGAUUCCAGCGAUGGCAGUGACAGUGAAUAAGAGGCCUUACUGUGACAACGCUGGCACUCCAUGCCUUACCCCCGAGCUCCAGCCAGCCCAGUCUCACAAGUCCCACCCGCAGAACAGCCCUGUCUUUACAGAGGCCAGCAUCUCAUUCCUGUUGAGUGUUGGUCUGCUACUUUUUUUUAGGAGAGACACAAUCUCUAAGGGACUAACUACUACAAAUCUUUUGGGUACCUGUAAAUGCCAGUUACUCAAAUGUCAGACUUUUGCUCAUAGAUAUAGUUGGAGCCACUAUCUUAGUAGUUUUGUGUACAGGACAUGCUUCAUUGAAUACAAUUAUUUCCUACCAACAACAUAUUUAGUUUGUUCUUUUAAGCCUGGGUUUCUUUUCUUUUUUGUCUCACUCAAUAUGAGGCACUUAGUGGUGUGAAGCAGAUAAAAAUAAAAAAAAUACAUAAUUCUGUAGACUUUUCUUGUGCAUAAAUCUAUUAAAUGUUUUUUUUUUUUUGUCCUUGGCUUUUGAGGAUUCAAUACAUUAUAAAUGUAAUUGGAGCAGCCAAUAAAAUGUGGGCUAGUUUUGUAAGGAAAAGUUGUUUUUUAAAAUGUUUUUGAGUUAACUUUCAGAAGAACAUUUAUUUUUCUGCCCGUUUCUUGUUUCCCCCUCAAACGAUUACAAUGAACCUGUUUAAGUUCAGUUGUGACGGAAACUUCGUAACAUUUAGACAUUGUAAAUAAAUGGUAGUAGCUGACUUUACAACA